GUUUGAAACCACUGCGAAGAGGCACGUGGACGAUGGUGCUGGCCCAAGACGAGAUCGACGCGUGUCGAGAAGCAUUCCUCGCAUUUGACAAAGACAGGAGUGGCACGAUCGAUGUGUGGGAACUUCGCCAAGUCCUUGAAGCGAUGGGUCAGCAGCCCACGGAAGAGGAAUUGUUUCAAAUGAUCAGCGAGGUCGACGAAGACAUGAGUGGCGCCAUUGACUUUGCCGAGUUUCUCCAAGUGAUUGACAACCAGAAGGACCGCGCCGCGCUCUACAACGACGAGAGCGACAUGAUUGACGCCUUCGUCGCAUGCGGCGGCAAACCCGACAAGUCGGGCGUCGUGAAGCGGGACACGCUGGUCAAAAUCAUCAAAAUCGACUUUGGCUUGACCAUCAACAUCGAGGAAAUGAUCAACAAGCUGGACGUGGACCAAAGCGGCGAGAUCGAAUUCGAAGAAUUCAAAGCCAUCUUGACAUGAAAACGUCCCACAAGAUGAUUCCAAUACAUUUGCCAAAUAUAUAUAUAUACACUGGUAUACAGUAUAUAUUCAAACAAUCCUACUAAUAUUAAUAGUAGUAUUUUUCACUCAA